CAAUGAUGAUGAGAUGCCUGCACCAAAAACGCUGUAUUUGACUUCUGACCUUCAUAAUGUGUUCAAUUCCCGGCCUUCCAACGCCAGGAUCGGAGGUGCCUUUCCUCAUCACAAGGGUGAACCUAAACUACACUUAUGGUCUUGUGGAAUUAUGGGUUAACCUGGAUGAUAGGAGGAAGCAUGUUUACAAGAAGAUGAGAGAGGAAAUUCAGACUCCUAAAAGGAAGUUUUAUGGAUCAGAGGGAAAACCAGGGGACCUCUGUCUGGUUUGUAUUAGUGACACAUGGCACAGAGCUCGGAUUGUAUCCAUUCAAAGUGAAGCUUGCAAUGUUUUUCUUAUUGAUCAGGGGCAGCCUCAUAGCACCACAAGUGAAGCUUUAGCAUGGGGCCAGAACGACAGUUUUCUCCUUCCUCCUGAAACUGAAUCAUGCAUAGUUGCAAAUAUCCUCUCCCCUGAGAAAAACUGGCCUGAAAAAGCUACAAAGUUUUUGGUGUCUCUUCCUGGCAAGAAGUUUAAGGGACUGGUUCAACAUGUGCUGAUGCCAGACAGGACCAUUGUUCUUGACAUACCAGUUGUUUCCAAGCAUAUGUGCCAGCUUGGAGUUGCAAAGAAGAUUCCAGUUGAUGAUUUUAAAUGUCUUGUACAGAAAUGUCUUGAGGCUGACAACAUAACGCAGGAACAGAAUCUGAAUGAGAAGCAACUUGAGAAGCAUGACCAGUACUUUUACCCAGAACUAUUAACUGAUACGUUUGUAACUGUUGACGUGACAGAGGCAACUAACCCAUGUAACAUAUUUUGCAAGCUCCAGAUUUUUUCCAAGGCACUGAAGGUUUUAUCAGAACAGAUGAAGAAACACUAUGAAGGGAGCUCAGAUUUAGGAGAGACACGACCUUUGACCUGCGGGGAUGCAUGUGCUGCUAAAGGGAUGGAUGGCAGAUGGCAUCGCUCCUUACUAAAGCAAGCCAUGACUAGCGAUGGCGCUGCUGAAGUUCUGCAUGUGGAUGAAGGAAAAACGGAAUUUGUCCCAAUUAGAGACAUCAGACCUCUCCAUGAAAAAUUUCUGAGAAUGCCAGUUGUAACGUAUCCUUGCACACUUGAAGGUGUAAAAGAUAAUGGCACAGGGUGGACUACAGACCAGACUGAUUAUUUGAAAUCACUGCCCCUGAAGCACACAGUCAUGGCAAAGUUUACCCACCACAACAUACCUAAAGAUGUCUAUCAUGUCAUUCUCUAUGCAGAUGAUGCUGUUUGCAUAAACACAUGUUUUAUAGAGAUGGCAGAGCUUUUUUCAUCCCCCCAGACUGAACGAGAUUCAAGAAAUGCCCUGAAUGAAUCCAGUCCCUCGUCAUUUCUCAGAGAUGAAUGUUUACAGAGCAAAGUCAUCGUUAAUACUCAUGAUUUAGCAGAGGAAAGUUUGUCUUGCAGCAAGAACCUAGAAGUGAAUGGCAGGAGAGAUGAACCCACCUCUGGAGUUGAUGACAAAGAGAGUUCGGAACAUCCAGACUCCCUUAUGAAGAACAAUGGGCAUCUUUCAACAGGUUUCUCCUAUGAGUCGCAAAAUGCUUGUGAAGAAAGGAAAUGCAUUGAAAAAGUAGCAUCACAUGAAGAAGGUCUGCUGCUUCACGGGGUAGAUACUGAAACAUCAUCUGACAGUGCAUGCGAGCUUCUGACCCACAAACAUGCACAGGCUGAAGCUCUCUUUCAAAGUCCUCCACAGGUCCAAUCAGAUGUAUACAAUUACUCCACACACAAUAUUGAGGUGAAUGGAAAAGAAAAAGUGUGGAUAACCAAUUCAGAGAAUGUCAACCAAUUCUACUGCCAACUGGAAAGGAAUUCUCAGUUAUUUGACAAAGUAAUGGAAAAUGUUAAUCAACUAAUUAGCCAGCCACAGUGCACAGAUAAACCAAUUGGACUUAAUAGCAUUUGCCUUGCUAGGUACACUGAUAACCAGUGGUACAGAGCUCAAAUAGUAGAAAUGUCUCCAGAACUUAAAGUUCACUUCGUUGACUAUGGUAACACCUUAGCAGUGAGGGAAUCAGACAUUUACCCCUUACCCACUGAAGCAACUAUGGCCAGAACUACUCCGGUGCUUGCUGUUCCACUUGGACUGUUCGAAGUCCCUGCAGAAGUGCCCCAGGAAGUCAAUCAGUGGUUUGCAGAUUGUGCUAUUGGCCUAAAGUUCACUAUUUCAGUUGUAGCAAAAGAGGAAAAUGGGAAACUAAUUGUUGAACUGUUUGAGGGACCUCUGAAUGUAAAUGUCACGGUCAGAGAGAGGAUAUCAAAGAUGAUGCGACAUGAGACAACUGGUCUCUUUCAGCAGACUGACCAGCAGCUCUUAGACAGCUCAGAAAAUGCCACUGCACUAAAUGAGGACUAUUCAACACAAGGGCUUAAGAAUGUAUCAUCAUUAACAAAGAUGACAGAAACAAAUAAAGUCCACAGUGGCAAUGGAACAUAUGCAAGAGACGAGAUGAAUUCACAAUCUAUAACUAAUGCCUCUGUACGAGAGAUUGAACAAGAAAAGACUGUAGGUGAAGGAGGAAAACCAGCUCCAGAUGUCCUUCUUGUGGAGAGAGAAAUAGAAGAUGGCCACAGGGAUUCAGAAAUCAGACAACUUUCCCCUCCUUCUUGCCCAAAGGGAAAUGUGAACAUAUUCAAGUGGCCAAACAUCUCUCAAAACACAACAGAGGUAUAUGCCUCUUGUAUUGUAGAACCCCAUUUCUUCUGGUGUCAGUAUGCCAACACAGAGGAGCUCAUUGAAGUGACGAGGCUUGCCCAAGAAGCUGGACAGGCACAAGAGGACAUGAUUUUCUCAGAGACUCUUGGUCCUGGCAGACCAUGCCUUGCUCUGUUUUCCGAUGACAACCAGUGGUAUCGAGCGCAAGUAAUUCACAGAGUUCAAGAUGCAUUCAAUGUCAUGUUCAUUGACUAUGGGAACGAGUCUGAGGUUGACGUUAAGAAUGUGAGAUCACUGCCUCAGAGUCUGCUGGAGAAGGCUCCUCAGGCCUUUCUGUGCUGCCUGAAUGGAUUUGAUGUGUCCAAAGGCUCCUGGGAUGACAAAGUGUACAAUGACUUCUACAGUCUUCUGAUCAAUAAACGAUUAAAACUGACAAUGUUCAACAUGGACGACCAUUCAGAGGCUGCAGUUCCUCAGUAUGCAGUGGAAAUUGAGUGCGAGGGAGUGGUUGUGAAUACAGAAAUGCAGAAAUAUUGGAGGUCAGUUGCCAAAGAGCAUGUUUCGAUAAAACACCCUCCAACAGAAACUUUAAUCCAAGAUGGUCAAACUGAGUCCAACAUGCCACAUCUCAAUGUUUUCAAAGGAAAUAUGAAUACUUGUAGGUACAAGUGGCCAAACUUUUCCCAAAACGCAACAGAGGCAUACGCGUCUUGUAUCGUGGAACCCCAUUUCUUCUGGUGUCAGUACGCCAACAAAGAGAAGCUAAGCAAAGUAUUAGAGCUUGCUCAAGAAGCAGGACAGGCACAAGAAGACAUGAUGUUCUCAGAGACUCUUGGUCCUGGCAGCCCAUGCCUUGCUUUGUUUAUCGAUGAUAACCAGUGGUAUCGAGCACAAGUCAUUCGCAAAGUUGAAGAUGCAUUCGAUGUCAUGUUUAUUGACUAUGGGAAUGAGUCUAACAUUGACAUUAAGAAUGUGAGAUCACUGCCUCAAAGUCUGCUUGAGAUGGCCCCUCAGGCCUUUUUGUGCUCUCUGAAUGGAUUUGAUGUGUCCAAAGGCUCCUGGGAUGACAAAAUAUAUGAGGACUUCUACAAUUUUUUGGUUGGUAAACGACUCAAAGUGACAGUGUUCAGCAUGGACUACCAUUCAGAGAUUGCAGUUCCUCAGUAUGCUGUGGAUGUUGAGUGCAACAGAGUGAUUGUGAAUACACACAUGAUGAAAUACUGGAAAGGACUGGACACAGGCCAUGCCUUGGCUGAAAGUUUGGGAUCAGUGGACCAGGAUUAUGAGGAGUGUUCGGUUUAAAGUAAUCAAACAGCCACAGAGUGAAAGCUCUUGGCCAAGAUGAAUGCACAUGGGGAAACCUGGUUGUGAAAGAACAAUCUUUUGUAAACUGAAUAUAGAUGUUUAUCUUGUGAGAAAUUUUACUAACUGAAUGAAAUAUAUCUUGUAUUAAUUUGUGAAUAAACUUACA